AUGUUGCACAGUGCCAGUCUUUUGCUUGUCACGUCGCUCCUUGCGGCAUUGCCUGUUAACGCCGAUGGACUAUACACCAAGAAUUCGCCGGUGAUCCAGUUGAAUCCUAAAACCUACAACUCGCUUAUUGCAAAAUCAAACCAUACCUCGAUCGUCGAAUUCUACGCGCCUUGGUGCGGCCAUUGCAAGAACCUCAAACCCGCAUUCGAAAAAGCCGCGAAAAACCUUGACGGACUCGCAAAAGUCGCCGCGAUCAACUGCGACGAUGACGAAAACAAAGCCUUCUGCGGACAGAUGGGUGUCCAGGGCUUCCCGACCUUGAAAAUAGUGACACCUUCCAAGAAGCCCGGAAAGCCCCGUGUUGAGGACUACCAAGGUGCGCGCAGCGCGAAAGGCAUCGUCGACGCAGUCGUCGACCGCAUCCCCAACCACGUGAAGCGCGCAACAGACAAGGACUUGGACAAAUGGCUUGGACAAAACGAGGACCGGCCCAAGGCCAUCCUCUUCACAGAGAAGGGUACAACUGGUGCUCUGAUCCGCGCCCUGGCAGUUGACUUCCUCGGUGCAAUUGACAUCGCCCAAGUACGGAACAAAGAAUCCGCCUCCGUGAAGAAGUUCGGCGUAACCGAGUUCCCGACGCUUGUUCUCGUCCCCAGCGCUGAUACCGAGCACAAAAUCUACACCGGCGACUUGAAGAAGAAGCCAAUCACAGAAUUCCUGAGCCAAGCGUCGAAACCGAAGUCCAAGCCCGCUUCCAAGCCUACCUCCAUCGUCGACGACGCCGAGGACCUAAAACCCACCGCCUCCGAGAACCAGGACACAACAGACCCCUCCGCCAAGCCGAUUCAAGUCCCUAUCCCCGCACCCCCAAUUCCAACCCUCUCUACCCCCGAAUCCCUCGACUCAGCCUGUCUCGCAUCAAAGUCCGGCACCUGUGUGCUAGUCAUCCUCCCUGAGGCGAGCGAGCCCGACGCCGCGCUUCCAGCGCCUGCCACCGAGGCGCUCGCAAGCCUAGCUGAGAUCGGUCACAAGCACGCCCAGCGCGGAACGCAUCUCUUCCCGCUCUAUGCCGUCCCUGCUAUCAACACCAGGUCUCAGACUCUGCGUGAGGCAUUGGCGUUAGCUGACGGUCAGACGGUUGAGAUUAUCACGUUGAAUGCGCGUCGCGGAUGGUGGCGUCGGUUCAGCGGCGCCGAUGCGGACUUUGGGGCUGUUGCUAUUGAGUCUUGGGUUGAUGCCAUUCGGUUGGGUGAGGGUGCUAAAGAGAAGUUACCUGAGGGUAUUGUUGUCAAUGAUGAGGCUGAGGUUAAGCCUGAGGCGGAAGCUGAGGUUGAACCUGAUGCUGAGACAGUCGAGGCUGAGGCUGAAACUAAGCCUGAGGCCGACGAACAGGCCGUGGAGCAUGAUGAGCUGUGA